CUUUAAUCCACUCUUGUCUCUUUGAGCCUUCUAGCUCUGUCUACAAGUGCAAGCCACGGAAGAUUGCGUUACGAUGAAAGAAGGCUAAAAUACAGUAUUGUUACUAGCAUCAGCAUGCAUGUGCCCCAUCUCUUGGUGGUGAGAAGAUGAUUGGAAGAAGAACAUAAAGACAGAAAUUUGGUAACCACAUGGAGAUUAUCAUGCCUGGGGAUUUGAUCCUAAUUAAGAAUCAUUAAUCUACGUAGAACAAAUCUGCUCUGUACUUUUGGAAUAUACAGAUAGCAUAUACGUGUGGAAAUAAAACACUCCCCGGAUCUGCAUCUGCAACCGCGCCGCUUAGCUAGCUGAGAGAGAGCAAGACGUCUGGUACUACUAGUAGUAGUACAUCUGACAUAUCCAUCUCCGCCGCCUGCAAACAAGAACAAGAAGGAGGUCAACUUCGAUCGAUCCGGAAACCCAAUCCAAUCCGGCCAUGUCGUCGAUGGCGGCAGCAGAUGUGAAGAAGAAGAAGGUUAUCAUCGACACUGACCCAGGAAUCGAUGACGCCAUGGCCAUCUUCGUGGCGCUGAGGUCGCCGGAGCUGGAGGUGCUGGGCCUCACCACCGUCUUCGGCAAUGUCCACACCGCCCUCGCCACCCGCAACGCCCUACACCUCUUGGAGAUUGCGGGCAGGACCGACAUCCCCGUUGCAGAGGGAUCCCCUGUAACAGUCAAGAAAGCCACCAAGCUACGGAUAGCUAGCUUCGUCCAUGGUUCAGAUGGCCUGGGCAACCAGAACUUCCCUCCACCAGCAGGCAAGCCACUAGACGGUCAAUCCGCCGCCGAGUUCCUCGUUGAGCAGGCGAACCUCUACCCUGGACAGGUCACCGUCGUCGCCCUCGGCCCGCUCACCAACCUCGCACUCGCCGUCGAGCUCGACCCCGGUUUUCCCAGCAAGAUUGGGCAGAUUGUUGUUCUCGGUGGUGCAUUUUCAGUCAAUGGGAAUGUCAAUCCUGCAGCCGAGGCAAAUAUAUUCGGCGAUCCUGACGCUGCCGAUAUAGUUUUCACCUGUGGUGCUGAUAUUAUAGCCGUUGGAAUAAACAUUACGCACCAAGUAGUUCUUUCUGAUGUUGACCGGAAAAAGCUUGAACAGUCUGAUAGCAAAUAUGCUCGCUACUUGUGCAAGAUACUGGGCCUUUAUUUUGAUUAUCACAGGGACGCCUACUUCACAAAAGGAGUAUAUCUUCAUGAUCCGACAGCUCUUCUCGCCGCUGUGGAUCCAUCACUGAUGACUUACACGGAAGGAGUGGUGAGGGUUCAGACGGAUGGAAUCACAAAGGGUCUUACAGUUUUCGACAACACCAAGAAACAUUACGGGGAGAUAACGGCGUGGAGCGGUAAGCCUACCGUCAAGGUUGCGGUCACGGUCGACGCCCCCGCCGUUGUGGAACUCAUCAUGCAGAGGCUUACCAUGGAAGAUUAAACACCAUUGAUCUGUCUUUCUUUUACAACGAUCACCGAAGAACGGCAAGUCUUUCAUCCGUUCUCAGUCCUAUGUUGUAUAAUUGUCAGUUCCAUUGUUUUCCUUUCUCGCACUACAAAGCAGAAAGACAGAAAAUAGUGUGGAAAUCCAAUUAAACCUAAGGGCCCUCUUGAUCAUGUUGGUCGACCUCAACCUUUCAAAUGUCUAAAAUUAUCCUCAGACACUCCAUUUGUUCAGACUCACCGUGAAGCUCUCUGCCACUGUGAUUUUCAGGGAAAACAAACCCUUAAUAUAUUAUCAUGCUAAGUCUCGAAACAA